AUGGAAAUCUACUCAAUAUUCUUUGGUGUCUUUCUAGGAUUGUUUUUGCCCACUGCAGGGAAAGCAUUGCAACAGACUUGGAGCAUAUGGCAACGCACAAGGACCUUGCAUCAUGCCUAUCUCUGGAUGAUAUGGACGGACACAAUAGUGAAUUUUGUAUUUGCUAUCGUAACAUAUCUGCAUCUAUGUGGUAUCGUCCCUCCAAGUUAUGGCUUUUUUUUCGGUACUGUGUUAUUAUGGUCGUUCCAAACGCAACUUCUUCCACUCAUCAUCGCCAAUCGUGUUAGUUUGAUCAUGGUUGACAAGAAGAAAGCCCGGUUGCUCAAAUGGGGACUCUUCAUAAUCAUUGGUCUUGUGAACAUAUCUGUUGGCUGCAUUUGGAUUCCUUCACAAAUGAAAGUAAGCCCAACUAUCAUUGCCAUAAAUCAUGUAUGGGAACCGGUCGAAAAGUCGUUCUUCCUUGUCGUUGAUUUAGCACUUAACGUAUACUUCCUGUACCUGGUACGCUACCGACUUAUUGCCAACGGAUUGACAAAGUACAUGCGACUUUUUCGGUUCAAUACAGCAAUUGUGGGUGUUUCCACAUCUAUGGAUGCAUUGCUUUUGGGACUACUAAGGUUGCCAGAUGGCUAUACUUAUGUUCAAUUUGCACCUGUUGCUUACAUUGUUAAACUCAAUAUCGAACUUUCGAUGGCGGUCAUGAUCUCGAAAGUUGUGCGCAGCAGUUCUGACAGACGUGACGAUCGGUAUGCUGAAGGAAACCAUACUUUACACGGAAUCCAUCGCACGAACAGCUCUACUCUUGGAUCUCGAAUACCGCAACAAAAUAGCAAUCAUUCUGUUGCAAAAGUAGAUGCUCAUAAUGAGACUGCAAGCAGUAAUUGGCCUGUAUCUUAUCAUAAGCAAGAUCAGCAUCGGGGUAUUGUAACAAUGGUAACAACUUCGGAGCUACCCGAGGAUAACUGCACAGACGAUAACUCUGAAGAAGGUAUUCUUAGGACCGUGACGAUGGCCGUAAGGUCCGAGUAUCGAGAAGAAAUUCAUGAUAAGGAGGACCCAUGA